AAGAAAACAUAUUCCCCCCCCAUACACAGAGCCACUUUCUUGUUCCGCCAACCUCUCAUUAUAAAUGAAAGCGACUCUCGCACCCUCCUCUCUCAUAAGCCUCCCCAGGCACAAAGUAUCUUCUCUCCGUUCACCGUCGCUUUUCCUUCAGUCCCAACGGCCAUCCUCAGCCUUAAUGACGACGACGGCGGCAUCACGUGGAAGCGUGGCUAUGACGGCUGCUGCUACCUCCUCCGUUGAGGCGCUGCAAGAAGGAAUAGCGGAAUUCUACAACGAGACGUCGGGACUAUGGGAGGAGAUUUGGGGAGACCAUAUGCAUCACGGCUUCUACGAUCCUGAUUCCUCUGUUCAACUUUCAGAUUCCGGUCACCGGGAAGCUCAGAUCCGGAUGAUCGAAGAGUCUCUACGUUUCGCCGGCGUUACUGAAGAGGAGAAAAAGAUAAAGAGAGUAGUGGAUGUUGGGUGUGGAAUCGGAGGAAGCUCAAGGUAUAUUGCCUCUAAAUUUGGUGCCGAAUGCAUUGGCAUCACGCUCAGUCCCGUUCAAGCCAAGAGAGCCAAUGAUCUCGCCACCGCUCAAUCACUCUCUCAUAAGGUUUCCUUCCAAGUUGCAGAUGCACUGGAGCAACCAUUUGAAGAUGGUAUAUUCGAUCUUGUGUGGUCAAUGGAAAGCGGUGAGCAUAUGCCUGACAAGGCCAAGUUCGUGAAGGAAUUGGUACGUGUGGCGGCUCCGGGAGGAAGGAUAAUAAUAGUGACAUGGUGCCACAGAAAUCUAUCCCAAGGGGAAGAAGCUUUGCAGCCAUGGGAGCAGAACCUCUUGGACAGAAUCUGCAAAACAUUUUAUCUCCCGGCCUGGUGCUCCACCUCUGAUUAUGUCGAUUUGCUUCAGUCCCUCUCGCUCCAGGAUAUUAAGUGUGCAGAUUGGUCAGAGAACGUAGCUCCUUUCUGGCCGGCGGUUAUACGAACCGCAUUAACGUGGAAGGGCCUUGUGUCUCUGCUUCGUAGCGGUAUGAAGAGUAUAAAAGGGGCAUUGACAAUGCCAUUGAUGAUCGAAGGGUACAAGAAAGGUGUCAUUAAGUUUGGCAUCAUCACUUGCCAGAAGCCUCUCUAAGUUUAAUCUAUAAACAAUAAAAUUGUCGUUCAAGUGCUUUUCAGCGAAUUGAUUUCUAUCUAUGAUAUAGGAGAUUGAAUAAGAGUCACUUAAGAAAUGUGGAUGCAUGAGAUCCCUUAACGUCAUGAAUAUUGUAGUUGAUGUCCAUUAUGGAAUGUUCUAAAUUUACUUGAUUCCUAAAAGGACCUACAUAUAUGUUUCAUUAUCAAUAGAAUAAGACACACCAA